AAGGGGAAAGAUAAGGAAGAGAAGCCCCCAUCCAAAUGGUGCCUGUAGCCUGGCCUCCCUGCCCUCCCUUCCCCCAACUCACCACCACGGGGAAAGAAGAAAAGUUUGACCUUUGCUGUGGAGGAUUCAGUGACUGAUUUGUGUCGCGGUGACCGGGCACUGGAGCCCUGGCACAGAGCGCUGGCCCGCUGCCCGGCCCCCUCCCUUCCCCUCGGGCUUGGGGCAGCUUUCAUAGGAGCAGACUGGUGAGGACGGCACCGAGUGCUGGUGGCUUCCACGUACCCAAGGCUGUUCAACAAAAGGGUCCAUGUAAUUUGCUAGCUAAGCAACAGCCUUGCUUUGGUGAAAGGUUUUCUACGUGCGCACGGCUAAGGCGGCUUGCAGCCAUGUGGCACAAGAAGACGUUCGUGAAGGUGCGGCAUGCCUCUGCACCAUCUCACUACGCAACAGCUGUUGGGCUUGCCACAGCCACAUGGUGACAGGGCAAGACUUUGACUGCGUGGCCUGGGUUUCUAAGUCUUUUUCCCUGCUGGGCAGGUUCGUCAGCAGGACGUGGCCUGGGGAGGCCGGACGAGAGCCGGGCAGACCCCAGUGCUGUGGGAACCCCUCCCAGGGCUUCCAGCCGAUGUCCUGAGGAUGCCAAAGCCCCCUCGCUGCACUCGUCAGCUGUGCACCAGGAACCCCUGCCCCUUUAGGACACUUCCUCCUUCCUGAGGAUAGUAAAGCACUUGCUGGCCAAGGCUUCACCCAGCCUGCGCCCUGUGCUGCGGGGGCAUCCGUGGGCUCGCUGCAUAGCUCCCUGGCAACUUCUCCAAGGGCUCCCGGAGGAGUGGACUGCUUCUGCUUUGCUGCAGGCUGAGGUGCUGUGACCAUGCUCACAAUGACUUGGCUCUGCAAAAGCCUCCUCCCCACUUCCUUCCUGAAGAGAAGCUCCUGCCCUUUUGUGCAGAACAGUAAUAUGCUUAUUGCACUAGGAAGGCCUUCACAGCAGGCCCGCACCACAGGGGUGUUGCCGCUUCUCUGAUCUGUGUAUUUUGCCUUCUGGUACAGCUGCUUUAUCUUACAGUGCAGCCAGGUCUGGUGAAUGUUGUGCCAAAUGACUUUGCAGUGGUGACUGUUUCCAGUGCCGUGGCUGGAACUGGAGUUUGUCGUGCGCCUUCCAGACGCCAGGCAGGACCAGCUUGGCUCUGCUGGCCAGGAGCAGCAUCUCAGCCAGGAAUACUGACCAGGAAGGAACACGUUAAGACUGAAUUUAUGCCAUUCAACCAUGUUGUACUGUGGAAAAAAAUCUUGUUUUGUUGCUGUGCCAUCUGUCUUCAUGUUUGUGAUCCUUUUGACGCACUACUGGAAAAGAUCUAUGUUCCAGAAUGAUACACCAAGAAUAAUCUACGUUGAACCAGUACCCACUGAUCAGACGCUCGAGCUUUGUGGAGGGAAACCUGCCUCUAACACGAUCGCAGCCUUGGAGGAUAACAGAACCUUUAUCGUAGCCCCGUACUUUGAUAACAGAGAGAGCAAAAUCACCCGAGUGAUUGGGAUUGUUCACCAUGAGGAGGUGACGGCACUUUACUGCUGGUUCUGCUGCCAGCCCGAUGGGGAAGUACACGUAUCUAGGGCAGACAUUGAUGUCCACUCGGAUCGAUUUGACUUCCCGUACGGUGCAGCAGACCUGCUCUGUGCAGAACCCCCCACCUGUGAUCCGAGCUAUGUGUCGAUUCACUCGUUCCCUAAUGGAAAUAUUGAGCAGCUGCCCAGAUUUGAAAUAAAGAACCGCAAGCCUGAGCCCUUUUCUGCUGACUUCACCGUGUGCAUCUCAACCAUGUUUGGAAACUACAACAACGUCUUACAAUUUAUACAGAGCAUGGAGAUGUACAAAAUUCUGGGGGCCCAGAGGGUGGUGAUCUAUAAGAACAGCUGCAGCCCCCUGAUGGAGAGCGUCCUGGCCUUUUAUAUUGCAGAAGGGACCGUCGAGGUCGUUCCCUGGCCCAUCACCUCCCACCUCAAGGUGUCUCCUCACUGGCGCUUCCCGAAGGAUGGGACGCACAUCGGUUACUACGGACAAAUCACCGCUCUCAAUGACUGCGUGUAUCGCAACAUGUACCGGAGCAGGUUUGUGCUGCUCAAUGAUAUCGAUGAGAUUAUUCUGCCCGCGAAGCACCCGGAUUGGAAAACCAUGAUGAGGAGUCUUCAGGAGCAGAAUCCAGAAACUGGCGUUUUCCUCUUUGAGAAUCACAUCUUCCCCAACACCGUGUUCACUGCCACAGCCGUGUUCAACAUCUCGUCCUGGAAUGCAGUGCCUGGAGUGAACAUUUUGCAGCAUAUCCACAGAGAAGCCAACAGGAAAGACAGAUACAACCCUAGGAAAAUGAUAGUUGAUCCAAGAAAGGUGAUUCAGACUUCAGUCCACUCUGUUCUGAAGAUGUAUGGCAACAGUUUGGCAGUGUCCAACAAUAUUGCCAUAACAUUUCAUUGCAGGGAACCCUAUGAACCAGAUGUGCCAAAGGUAACCCUGAUAAGAGAUGCAACACUCUGGAGAUAUAAUGCAUCUUUGCUUAUUAAUGUUAAUAAGGUGUUACAUAAAAGUGGUAUUUUAAAAACAAUGUUGAAGCCAUAAUAGAUGCUGAAAGACUCGCAUAAGGUGAUGGCAGUAGCACUUAAGAAGUGUUAGGUCCUUCUAAGUAAUAUACUGGAAAGAAUAAUAAAGAGUGAUUUUCUGUAGAAGAGACUUCAGUGUAAGAAC